GAUCCGCCAGAGAAGGAGGGCUCUGCCCGGCACCUGUCCCUGAGCGAAUCCCGCCGCAGCUGUGGGCGUGGACGGAGGAGGAGUAGCUCCCGCGGAAGAGAGACAGGGAGACGGGGCCGGCGGCAGCGGAUGGUGUGCGGCUGCGGCACAGGUCAGUCUCACCCGGAGCUCGGCCUCUCCCAUGGCCGGGUAAGAAGCGGCUGCCGCCCGCUGACAGCGCCAUCCCCCGAGCGGACGCUGUCGCUGGCUUUUGCCCUUUUCUUCCAGGAAGCGGGAAGCCGGAACGAGCGGACCAGCCUCUCGGAGCAGAGCACCGCAGCUCACUCACUCAUGCCGGCUGCCUUCUGUGCAAGCCCGGAGUGCGCUUUUGGUACAACCAAUGUGUGCACUUCCCAUGAAGCAUAAAAACCCUUCAUUCUGAAGGUCAUCGAAACACCUACAACUUUAACUUUGAAGAAAUGACAGAACAACCUCUGUGACUAAACCCUUGGACCACAGUGUCACAGGAAGGACAAUGGCUCAGUGUAAAAACCAUGUUGUUAGUUCGCUUGAGGAAAGAUGUGUGCAAGACCCAGCCUCUGACUGUAAGAAGCGUCAAAAUGUUAGGAAAAAACUGAGACUGAUACGAAUAACAGGGCUUCUCCUGGGAAUUAUGGCCAUUAGCACACUCUCUCUUUCAGUUAGUGCCUUUUUUGAAUUGGAAUCUUAUAGCAGAGAAAUGACGAACAAUCCAAUUAGCCAAAAGUUAACACAAAUGCAUCAAAGAUUUCUUUUGAACAUUCAUGAUCAGAAUCAAAAUGGCACUGUAAAUCCACCUGUUUUUAUGAAACGUGAUCAGAACCAUUCCAAGGGAGAAUAUCCAGAAGAUCUUUUCACUCUUGAACAAAGAAGAAAGGGUGCUGUAAUUCUACAUAUUUUUGGAAUGAUUUACAUGUUCAUAGCCUUAGCCCUUGUCUGCGAUGAGUUCUUUGUUCCAUCACUGACAGUCAUUACAGAAAAACUGGAAAUUUCUGAUGAUGUGGCUGGGGCAACAUUCAUGGCUGCUGGUGGUUCAGCCCCAGAGCUCUUUACUUCUUUAAUAGGAGUGUUUAUAUCUCACAGCAAUGUUGGCAUUGGGACAAUAGUUGGAUCUGCAGUAUUUAAUAUUCUGUUUGUUAUUGGAAUGUGUGCUUUGUUCUCUAAAGAGGUACUUCAUCUUACUUGGUGGCCACUAUUUCGGGAUGUGUCUUUUUACAUCAUGGACUUGAUAUUGCUAAUCAUCUUCUUUUUGGAUAACGCAAUUAUGUGGUGGGAAAGCUUAACGCUUCUGAGUGCUUAUAUUACCUAUGUGACUUUCAUGAAGUUCAACGUGCAAGUUGAGGAGAGGGUGAGAAGGCUGAUAACCAGGAACAAAGUGCAGAAAGUAACACCAGACUCUGAUGGAAAGUCUCACUUGGGGGAGAAGGAUGAUUUGAUGCUGACGACUAAGCCGCGUCUUCAGCGGGGUGGCAGUUCUGCAUCUUUGCACAAUAGUCUAAUGAGGAACAGCAUUUUCCAGCUUAUGAUUCAUACCCUUGACCCACUUGCAGAAGAGCUUGGAUCAUAUGGAAAGCUUAUGUAUUAUGAAACAAUGACUGAAGAAGGAAAGUUCAAAGAAAGAGUACAAAUUCUUCAAAAGAUGGCCAAAAAAUGCCAGGUGGAGGAUGAUGAAAAACAGAAGGGAAGUGCUAAUCGUGUUGAAAACAUUGCACUGCCCAAGAAUACAAAAGUUGAAGUUGAAGUGACACCUCCAAAUGAUGCUUCAGAACCAUUGCAAAAUGGAAGCGCCUUUCCAGCAGAUGAGGAAGAAGAAGAAAAUGAUGAACCAUUAAGCCUGGCCUGGCCGGAUACCAACCGCAAACGGCUAACUUACCUAUUGAUUCUUCCUAUUGUUUUGCCAUUAUGGAUUACCCUGCCUGAUGUCAGAAAUCCUAAAUCAAAGAGAUUUUUCCCCGUUACAUUUUUUGGAUCGAUCUCUUGGAUUGCAAUAUUUUCCUAUUUAAUGGUCUGGUGGGCCCAUCAGGUUGGAGAGACCAUUGGCAUCAGUGAAGAGAUCAUGGGCUUGACCAUCUUAGCCGCUGGCACAUCCAUCCCUGACCUAAUUACCAGUGUUAUUGUGGCCCGUAAAGGUCUGGGGGAUAUGGCAGUGUCCAGUUCAGUGGGAAGCAACAUCUUUGACAUCACAGUUGGCCUUCCUCUCCCAUGGUUACUCUUCGCCAUGUUUAACAACUUUGUGCCAGUGAAGGUGAGCAGCAAUGGACUGUUCUGUGCUAUCGUCCUCCUCUUCAUCAUGCUGCUCUUUGUCAUCAUCUCAAUUGCCUGCAGCAAGUGGAAUAUGAACAAAAUCCUGGGUUUCACCAUGUUUGGGCUUUACUUCAUGUUCCUGAUUGUCAGUGUCCUUCUGGAAGACAGGAUCAUCAUGUGUCCUGUGACCAUCUAAUUGGAAGGAAGUACUGUUCUUCGACUGCAGAAGAAGACUACACCAACAACCCCAAACUAGAAAUAAACAAUGCAAUACAAAGCAGCAUCUUUAGAAACCUCUAAUUUAAAACAGGAGAGCAAAGUGACUGGAGUCAAAUUUGGACAAGCUCAACAGAUAUGUUCACCACUAGUGAACAAGCAGUUGUGUCUGCAAACUUGUCCUGAGUGGGAAGGUCCCAGUACUUAUUGCUUGGAGGUAUUGUGCAUGUGUUGUAUAAGCUUCUCUGUAUGCUACAUGUAAGAUCUGUCUCCAUAUACUUUUCUCUCUUUCAAUAUUAAUAUAAAUGUGCCGCACAAAGAGAGAGCAAUAUAUAUAUCUAUAUAAAUAUACGAGAAAGUGAUAAUAUCCAUUCUCUGGAGACACAAAUCCUCCUAGUUGGGAUUUUACCUCUUUGGAAGGCACUGCCUGAUAGCAUCGGCGUGAAUUGAAUGACAGAGAACACUGUGGUAGAAUUAGUCAAGGCAGAUUGGCUGUGAUGUGAACAACCCACUGGAGGUUUCGAGAAGUGCACAACUUUAAAAAAAUGUGAUAUUAUCACUUGUUUUGGUUCUUCACAGUGUCAGAGACUGAGAACCAAGUGAGAUGAUAAUGUGUAUGAGGCCAGUUUCAUUUUUAAAAAACUAUGUAGUACAAAUGCUGGCAGGUCUUGUUUUUUCAAGAUUUGGGCCCUGUUCCCAGAUGGUAUGUUCAUCACCACAUUGGCACCACAUCUGAUGAAGAUAUGCACAUUUGAAAGCCAUCAUGGGUCAACUAUCACAGGCAGAGUUUGCCUCAGAUAUAGUAUUUUUUAAUGGAGGUAGUUCAUACUAUCUCUGAUCCAAGAGUGAACAGGAAAUUUCAGACAUAGUUUUAGACUGGAGUACAAAUGCACACACUCAGCUCUGCAUCAGCAGCUGAUGAAUAAUGACGUACAAGCAGAGGUUGGUGGAGAAGGGCCUACGGAAUGGUCACAGGUAAAAUUCACACUGAGGAUUUGUAAAUUCCAUCAUCAUCUCAGCAUUUAAGUAGAGAAAACAUCUAUAAGAAAAUACUCUUUUAAAUAUUGUAGCAAUGCUGUAACAGUAUUAAAGUCAUUUUAAGCGCUA